AUGCGUCUGGGACCGUACCAGUAUCUCGCGGACAUGGUGGUCAUGCACUACCACAACUCAUUCCUCAACGACGGCGAGAACAAACAGCGGCGCCGGUGCCUCGUCGCCAUAGCCGGCGGGCUCGGCAGCGGAAAGUCCACCAUCGCAGGGCAUGUGCGCGACAGGGUGGAGGAGCAGGGUCUCAAGUGCCAGAUUGUCACGCUCGAGGGGUUCCUGAGGCCGCGCGCAGAGCUAUCAGAGGAGCAGCUGAACCAGCGAGGGGCGAUCGACACGCUGGACGGCGACGCAGUGCUGCACAUGGUGCAGGACCUGCGGGAGAGUAGGCCGGGAGAGGACGUUCACCUACCAGGGUUCGACGAGCACACGCGGGAGACGGUCCCGGAUGGGCAGGUCAUCCUGCCCGGCACGCAGGUCGUCAUCAUCAAGGGGACAUACGUACUGGCGAACGCGCAGCCGUGGCGGAAGAUCGGCAGCCUGGUCGAUGAGAGGUGGUUCGUCUUCGUGAUGCCCGAUGUGGCGCGCGAGCGAGGGGCGAGACAGUACCUCGAUAAGGGCAUCGUGGAGACGGAGGAGGAGGCGUUCAGGAGGUAUGAUGAGAUUGGGGUGUACACCAACAAAGUAUGGCACUACCGACAUCCUGGACCCCACUACGCUGCCCCAAAGUGGGUUACAGGCCACAAGCUCCUCCGCGAUGACCCCAGCCAGUGGUUCAGGGGCACCCAGGUUGACGACAGAGACCUCGCUCUCAUCAAUGCCGACCCCGUUCCCUGGAUCGACAUUGGACAGCAGUCAUACUUGAAGCAUGUUCACCACAAGCUCAAGGACCAGCCGUUCAAGACAACCCACUGGACCGUCGAGAACGACAAGGCUCUUCGUGGCAUGAUCUCUGAGGUCGGCGCUGGAUUUAAUGGCGGGGCCAAGCCCCCUGUCCACCUUCCCGCACGCGAUUGGGAGUCGAUGAUGGUCAACGUCACCAUCACCGGGAACAUCGCGCCAGGCGUCACCUGGGGUCUUCUUUCAGGCCGGCCUUCCAAGGCACGUGUGCUGGCUGGGCCCUGCUCGACCUGCACUGCGCACCCUUGGGACAUCAUGAUCCUGCGCGACUUCCACACGAACACCUCGGGCCUCGACCAGGUUUCUUCCAUCGCCUCUCGCCAGUUCGACAUCUUGCUCAUGAAGAUGUGUGAAGACAUGGACUACCCCUGGGUUGUUCUCGCCGUAAAGGACUCUGGCCCCUGGAAUCCCCAGCCUUGCAGCUCGAACGGACAUUGCGACAAUAGUUGCCUGGGUUUCUAG